AUGGAAGCAGUUGUCAUGGCCGGCCACAACGCCGUUCUCGAGCCCAGCGAGGCCAUGUACCUGCGAAGCGCCGACUAUGGCCAUCAUGUAGCAUGCGCCUACCUGCUGACUGGGGUCGUGCACGAGGCCAAAAUCCCUUCGGACAUGCUAAACAUGCUGGUCAUGGGGACGACAAGCAAGGCAGCCUGGGAUCCACAGGUACCUCUCAUGUGUCCUGUUCCUCUCGCCACAUGUGAUGGCAGCGAGAUGCAGGCCGGGCUUCCGCUGAAGACGUGUCACGAUGACAACCUCUGUGACAAUGAAGAUUGUCUGUCAGAUACAGAAGGUGAUGAGGAGCUGGAUUGGUGGAAUCCUGGAGGGUUCAGUGAUCAAGAAGAUGGAUAUGCUCCAGACUGCCCUUGCGACUAG